UAAAGAGUCAUUAUUUAUUUAUUUGACCUCUUUCAUUAACAGCUAAGUAUGUAUCACUUCUGUUGUUAUUACUGGGUACUAAGCACUUUCGUUUAUCUCGUUUAAAAUUUGUCUUUGAGUUUUUAAGAAAUAUGAGGGUGGAAAUUUUUUUGCUAAUUCUUAUUGCAGCUGUCUGUUAUUCCAUUCCGACCAUACCUGAUUUGGAUGACUUUGAAGAACUGAAAACAAAAUGUGAUAAGAGGGGAGGAAAUGGCACAUUUGCAAAAAUAAAGACUUCCAUAGAUGAAACUCAAACUUGUAUUGAAGACCUGAUCGACAUCGAUAAGUUUACUGAAGAACUUGAAGAGUCCAAAAAGACAGGAUCUAUGGAUGAAGUAUUUGCCAAAUACUGCAAAAAACGCCCUGAUGUCAGGAAAUGUAUAAAAAAAUUUUAUGAUGCUCUUGAACCAUGCUUAGACGAAGCAGAAAAGAAAGGUCUUAAUUUCACCUAUAGCAUUUUAACCGAAAUUAGUGAUUUUGCUUGUGCAAAGGAUGGCGACAGACUUGCAUUGUUUGUUGCUGAAGGCGGACCAGACUGUAUUAAAUCCAAGACAGAGGGCAUCCAGAAGUGCUUAAAUCAAACUCUUCAAUUUAAUCCAGAUAAUAUAUCAAAACUUUCCAUUAAAUUGGCCAUUGAUAAGAAGACAUGCGACGAUUUGGGGCAAGUUCAGACCUGUGUAGUUGCUGAAUUGGAGAAGUGUAAAGAGUCUACACCAGCUAAUAUAGUCGACGCACUUUUUAAAUUUGUUAAGCGAACUGCCUGUAAGGAUAUAAAGAAGAGAAGUAUAGUUGGAUUCGUAGGCUUGUAAACAAUUUACAAUUAAACAAAAAUUCUCAAUAAAGAUACUCAAACUUC